AUGCUAUUCUGACCAUUAUUAAUUCUAACAGUUGUUGCAAGUAUUGUCAAUCUUGGAUUUUCUGGAGCACCAACAGCACCCCCGAAGAAAGCUAUAGUUAAAAAUAACUCAGGUGUGACUCCUGUGGGACUGUGUGGUUCUUGGAUCAAAGAAACCAGCGGAGGAAUUUUCACAUCUCCUAAUUAUCCUGAAAAAUAUCCUCCUGACAGAGAAUGCAUAUACAUAAUUGAAGCUGCUCCAAGGCAAUGUAUCGACCUGUAUUUUGACUAUAAGUAUGCUAUUGAGCCGUCAUGGGAGUGUAAGUUUGACCACAUUGAAGUCAGAGAUGGCCCCUUCAGUUUUUCUCCUAUCAUCGGCCGCUACUGUGGACAAGUGAGCCCGAACUAUGUAAGGUCCAGUGGACGAUACCUUUGGAUAAAGUUUGUAGCAGAUAGCGAACUGGAAGCCACUGGAUUUUCUGCUCGGUACAAUUUCAGUCAAGAUCCUGAGUUCAAAGACCUUGGUUCUCAACCACCUCUUCCAAUUUGUGAGUUUGAGAUGAGCGGGCCAGAGGGGAUUGUGGAGUCCGCCAUGGUUUCCAAAGAAGGCAAAGCGCUACAGACAGAGGCUGUAGACUGCAGGUGGUUCAUCAGAGCUCCUCCUGGCUCCAAGAUCUUUUUGCGCUUCCUGGAUUACGAGAUGCAGAACUCGAAUGAGUGUAAACGUAACUUUGUGGCGGUGUAUGACGGGAGCAGCUCGGUGGAGCACCUGAAGAAUAAGUUCUGCAGCACGGUGGCCAAUGAUGUGAUGCUGCUGAAUUCAUUAGGUGUGAUUCGCAUGUGGGCUGAUGAGACGAGCCGCAGGAGCCGAUUCCGUAUCCUCUUCACCACCUUCCACGAGCCUCCAUGUGGAAGUGACACAUUCUUUUGCCAUAGCAACAUGUGCAUAAACCACACUUUGGUGUGCAAUGGCAUCCAAAACUGUGUCUAUCCCUGGGAUGAAAAUGGCUGCAAAGAGAAAAGAAAAGCCACGAUCCUGGACAGCCUUGACAACACCAACGUGACCAUAAUUGGCGUGACCUGCGGAGUGGUCCUCAUCCUGCUCACCGUGUCCAUAAUCAUUCAGAUAAAACAGCCACGCAAGAGGUACAUCAUCCGCAGAGACGAAUUCGACCCCACUUUGCUUCACGAGGCCUUUGAACCGCCACAUUAUGAACUUUGCACAUUACGACAGACGACCGCAUGUGAUAAUGAGGAUUUACCCGAGGACUUCCCCAACCUCCAGCGCACGUCCUCCAAAUGCAUUCACGGCCACCACUGCGGCUCUCAGGUAUCCAGCACUCGGGGCAGUCGCAGUGACCUCAGCCUGCGAGACGCAGCCGCCAUUCUCUCCGAUAUGGAGACGUCCGCACAAACCCCUUUCCCUUUGCAAGCCACCCCAAAUGUCCGCAGGAACAUCGUAGUGAUGAAGCACAGCUACUCGCAUGACGGGGCUGAAGAGUGUGACCUGGAUGAUGAGUUUUAUGACGGUCCCACCACCAGCCGUGGCCGAUCAAUGGAUAGAACUGUGCACCGCUCAAUAUCCAAUGACUUUUGA